AUGUCGAAAACAAAGCAGCCUACAAGGGCUACGAAGAAGCAACAGAAAGAGCCAAAAGCAACGCUUCGCGACAAGAAAGUGAAUGAUGUUGAGAAGACCGAGCCCACUGCUCCUCAAGAAAAUGCUGGACAGGAACCCAUAAACAAUGGAAACGAAAAUGAAGAAGCCUUAAAGGGCUUUGAAUCUUCUGGUGAUGAAGACGAGGAGAACGGCGUGGAAUUAGAUAGUUCAAAAGGCGCUUCCAAGCCAAUUAUGGCGUUAGAAGACGACAAGGAGAAGAAAAUAAAAAAGAAGGUUUCAGAGAAGAAGGUUUUGAACAACCAACCAGGUGUCUUGUAUGUCGGUCGCCUUCCUCACGGAUUCCACGAAAAACAAUUGCAAGGUUACUUCUCUCAAUUUGGUACCGUUCUCCGUCUCCGGUUAUCUCGUAGUAAAAAGACCGGCAAUAGCAAACAUUAUGCUUUCAUAGAGUUUGAAUCCGUUGAUGUUGCUAACGUUGUCGCUGAGACUAUGCACAAUUAUCUUUUAUAUGGCCGGUUAUUGCAAUGUAAGGUGAUUCCAAAGGAUCAAAUUCAUGAUGAAUUGUUCAAAGGUGCUUCCCAACCAUUUAAACGUAUUCCCCGUGCUACCAUCGCUCGUUUAGAACAUCAGAAGCCUUUGAGUGGUGAGAAGGUUAAGAAGCUGGUUUCUCGCCAUAACCGCAAGUUACAAUUGAAGAAGCGAAAGCUUGAGCAACUUGGCAUAACUCUCGAUUCGGAUGUAACACAAGCUAAUGCCGAGGCUGUUAAAAAGGCUGCUCCUUCCAAGAAGUCUAACAAGAAAAAGAAACAAAAUAAACAGGUUUAG